AACCCAUCAGGUGCAAUGUUCGUCAAAUCUUAUGUGAAUGCGAAGAACCGACCUGGUAUAAACUCUUCUGCACAUCUGAUGACCCUUGUGUUUACAAAACAUCUGACAUUUCCAUCAACCGUACGAAAGAUUUCUCACUCGCAGAACCAAAAUAAACCUUCAGCUGUUCGUUCCGAAAUUCGAUUCGCAAGGAUGGCCAGCCGAAUUUUCAGCACCUCGACUCGUGCACUGCAACUCAUGAGACGCCGUGUCAUCAGUAAUCAAAUUUACGGUAGCCAAUAUUCCACUAUCAAGGACGAAAUUACGCACACCGGACAGUACUACGAUGACAAGGAUUAUCGCAAUGCUCGCUUCGUGAAUGCCGACAAGGUGGUCAACCAGAAUUGGGCCAUCAAACUGGUCGACGAGGCUCCCAUCAUCGAAAGCACUGCUCGAGUUGUUUACUGUGACGGAGGAAUCGAACCGGCACUGGGCCACCCAAAGGUGUACAUAAAUUUGGAUAAACCGGGAGCCCAUAUCUGCGGAUAUUGUGGCCAGCGAUUCCAGAAGAAAGAAGGCCACCAUCACUAAGUGGUACAUGUUGGUUUGGUUUGAAUUGGUUGGAUUUUCUGUAAACAUCUGAAAGAAAAAUAAAUAAAAGUAGGCAAUUUUUGGUGUAAACUAAUAAAACAA